AUGUUUAGUAAACCAAAUGCACCAUUCAAACCACCAAGAUUGAUUAAAAAAGAAGAUGCACAACCACAACCACAAUUACAAUUACAAACAAAAAAUCAAAAUAUUCAAAAAGCGUUACCAAAGUCAAAUGCACCGAGUUUAAAAAGACAAAUUAAUACUACUAUUAAUAAUUCAAUAAUCAAGAAAGCUAAAAGUACAGAAGUUACAGGAUCUUCAACUACAGAAAAAUACAUUGUUCAAUGGAGAAGAAAAACAAAUAAGAAGAAUAAAAGUUGGGAUGGAGAUGGUCAAGCUAUUAUAAAAUAUUUAGAAUCAGGUUGUGAAAUAAUACUAAAGGGAAGUGAUGGUAAACCAAUGAGUAAGAAAAAAUUUCUACAAUUACCAGAUUUUGGUGAUGUUAUUGCAAUAAGUGUUUAUGAAAUUAUUUUAGAUGAAAAAAUUACAGAAGAUUCAACAGGUGAAAUUGAAAUAGUGAAAGAAGCACAACUACCUCCACAAAUAGUAACUACAAAUUUCAAAAAAGUAGUACCUGAAAACUAUACUGAACAAACUCAAAUAAGAAAACCAUUAUAUCAAGAUUCAAAUAGUGUAUCAUUAACUCCACCACCAGAUUCUUCAGAUUAUGUACAGAUUAAUAUAGAUCCUUUAUUAGCUUCAAAGUUAAGACCCCAUCAAGUUGAAGGUGUGAAAUUUAUGUAUGAAUGUUUAAUGGGAUAUAGAGAUUUCAAAGGUUUUGGUUGUUUAUUGGCUGAUGAAAUGGGGUUAGGUAAAACUUUAAUGACUAUUACUACAUUGUGGACUUUACUAAAACAAAAUCCAAUACCCACCAAAAGAUCACCAAUAGUUAAUAAAAUUUUAAUUGUUUGUCCGGUUACAUUGAUAAAUAAUUGGAGUCAUGAGUUUAAAAAAUGGUUGGGAUCAAAUAAAAUCAAUAUUUUAACUUUAAAUAACCCAAAAUGUGAUGAUAAAAGAGAUAUUAUAAAUUUUGGGAAAUUAAAUGUGUAUCAAGUAUUGAUUGUUAAUUAUGAAAAGAUAUUAUCGCAUUUUGAAGAAUUAUCAACUGUUAAUUUUGACUUGGUUGUUUGUGAUGAAGGUCAUAGACUAAAAAAUAAUUCAGCUAAGGUUUUAGUGAAUUUAAAGAAAUUAAAUAUUCCAAAAAAGAUUAUACUAACAGGUACUCCUAUUCAAAAUGAUUUAGAGGAAUUUCAUACAAUUGUUUCAUUCUUAAAUCCAGAAGUAUUACCAGAACUAAAGCUAUUCCAAAAGGAGUUUAUUAAUCCAAUUACAAGAGCAAGAGAUGUCAAUUGUUUCAACCAGGAGAUUAAAAAAUUAGGAGAACAAAAAUCAAAAGAAUUAAUUGAUUUAACUCAUACAUUUAUACUCAGAAGAACUCAGUCAAUAUUAGAAAGUUAUUUAACUGAUAAAACUGAUAUUUUAUUAUUUGUUCCACCAACACAACUACAACUUUCUUUAUUCAAUGAAGUCAAAAAAUCUGAAAAAUUUAAUGAUUUAGAUUCAGGAGCAAAUUCAUUAGCUUUAAUUAAUGUGUUUCGAAAAAUAUGUAAUUCACCUUCAUUAUUAGCUACUGAUGAAUACUACAAAUCUAUGGGUUUGAAUCCAAAAUUGUCAACAAGUUCGGGUAAACUAAAUGCUUUGAUUCCUUUAGUAUUGGAAAUUGUUAAACAUAAUGAAAAAAUUGUAUUGAUUUCAAAUUAUACAAAAACUUUAGAUUUUUUGGAACUUGUUAUAAACAAAUUGAACUUGAAACAUUUAAGAUUAGAUGGCUCUACUGCUAACAAUCUUAGAAAUAAGCUAGUCAAUCAAUUCAAUAAAGAUGAACUGAUUAAUAUCUUUUUGUUAUCGUCAAAAUCAGGUGGGAUGGGUAUUAACUUAGUUGGUGCAUCAAGAUUAAUUCUAUAUGAUAAUGAUUGGAACCCAUCAUCAGAUUUGCAAUCGAUGUCAAGAAUCCAUAGAGAUGGACAAUUAAAACCAUGUUUCAUAUAUAGAAUUUUUACAACGGGAUGUAUUGAUGAAAAAAUCUUUCAACGACAACUAAUGAAAAAUAAAUUAAGUUCAAAAUUUUUGGAUAAUGAUAACUCAUCAACUUCUGAUGUUUUUGAUUAUAAUGAUUUAAAGAAUUUAUUCAGUAUUAAUGAAGGUACGAAAUCAAAUACUCAUGACUUAUUGGAAUGUUCAUGUUGUGGAGAUGGUGCUUUGGUUUUAACUCAAGAAGAUGAAUCAUCUUCAGAAGAAGAAGAUCUUUUUAAAGUAUCUAGAUCAUUUUUGUCUGCAUCAGAUUUACAAAAAAAAAUAGAUGAAGAAGGUAUUAAAAAAAAAGCUGUGAAAAAAGCAUUAAAUGAUUAUGUGCAUUAUGAUCCUGAAAAUUUUAAAAGCUUAGACUUUGAUUCCGUGUUGAGUAACAUUGUUGGUAAUAAAUCUUAUGAUCAAAAAUUACCAUUUACUUAUAUAAUGCAAAAAAGUACUAAUAAAUAA